AUGGGCUCGCACGGGACGCCACGCAAAUUCUCGGAAAAGAUCGCCAUCCUCCAGCGGAAACAGAAUGAGGAGGAGGACGCCUUUGCCAAGGUGAUGCGUGAUGUCCGGUCGAUCACCUCCAACGAUCCGGUGCCCGAGCAAAGUGGCCCCGGACAAAACCAGCAACUGCUGCCCGGGCAAUGGAAUCGACCUGGCGGUUCGCUGCCCAAUGUUCAUCAGAUUGCACAGAAUCAGCAACCUGGCCAAUGGGGAUAUUGGGAGGCGCCGGCAGUGAGUCAGCGAGGACGAUCUCCAACAGGGGCCCACUAUCAUCCCUAUCACAAACCAUCAAGAUCUCAGGAGCGCGUCCCGCCACUCCAUCACCACUACGCACCAUACGCCCCGGUGCCCCCUCAACAUCUACAGCCUCCCGAAUACGCCAACUUCUACCGCGCGCGUUCGGAUCCGAUGCUCCACUCCUCAGCACCCCACAUGCAUCCCGCAUAUUAUAAUGGGCCGCCCGGGUAUCCGAUGGGUAAUCCCGGUAUGGGCCCUCAGAUGAUGAACGGGGGCCAGGGCCAAAUGCAACAAAAUCCACAUAUGGGGCAACCAGGGCCAAUGGGAGGUCCCAUGGGCCAGCCGCCACCUCAGAUGUCCCAGCAGAUGAACGGACCACAGCCGCCCAAUUCCAUCAACAUGCAAUCUAUUCAGCAGGUUGUCCACCAAAUGCAGCCGGGAACGAGUAUGAUGGGACAGGGAAGACCACAGAUGGGAUCCCCAAUGUCCAUGUCACCAGCCACCACACCGCCCAAUCAAAUGCCGCAGAGCAACGUUCAGUCUCCAAUUGGGAUGAACAACAGCGUGCAAAAUUCUCCGAUGGGCUCGCAAAUGGGAUCGCCGCUUCAUCAUCCCCACAAUGGACACCAUGGAAUGCCCGGGUCGGGUCCGAUGUCGCCAAUUGAUGAUCAUCGGCUAAUGGAGCUGUGUACACCAUUCGAGGGAGGUGACGGGAUGGCCGGUUCCCUUCCGAACGUCUCGAGUAUGCCGCCCCACCAUCCACAACUACACAAUUGCUACCAUCCACCGAUCGGGCAACGCCACAGUACCGGCUGUGUACGGCUGAACGCACCAAUGGGAGGAGCGGCGGACACCUCACACUCAGCCCCGACGUCUCCUCAACAAUUCACCGAUCAGCCACAGCCUCCCCAAUGGCCUCCGCUACGUAAUUUCAGCAAUUCACCCGAAGUACACGACAUUCCGAAUAUCGUCCUCACGGGGGCCGAUGGCGGCGCCGGGGAACUCGAUUGUUUCCAGGAUCUGGCCGAUCUUCACCUUGACCCGACAGAUAUGCAAAUGUUAUGUGGGGGGAUGGCGCCGGAUCCGCUUUCCGAGACGCAACUACUCAAGAAU